AUGAAUGACAGUUCGGAAGCAAGUACCGUUUUGGCUAGUAUGUCGAAAUUUAAGCCGAUGGUCAAAUUAGCUCCCCUAGAAAUACCAAAUUUCACUGGCAUUUAUUCCGAAUGGUCAGCUUUUCACGACAUAUUUUGCGCGUUAGUACAUCAAAAUUCUUCUCUCACUGAUAUACAAAAAUUCUUUUAUUUACGUUCGUCAGUAUCUGGUGACGCACAAAAAACUAUUCAUUUCUUAGAUACUACGUCAGAUAAUUAUAAAAUCGCGUGGGACGCUCUAAUUUCGCGGUACAGUAAUAAAAAACUCGCUGUACAACUUCAUACGAAAAAGUUAUUUGAUUUAGAAAAUAUAAAUAACGAAUCGUCAACUGAGUUGCGUAAGCUCGUCGAUGCGAUUAACGGUCAUAUUAAGGCUCUCGCGUCGUUAGGCCAAAAUCCAAAGGAAUGGGGAUCACUACUUUUACAUCUUAUUUCUAUAAAACUGGACGCGAGCACAUUAAGACAGUGGGAAAUAGAAUCAUCGAAGUCGGAAGUAGCAUCGGUAAAUAAAUUACUAGAAUAUUUAGAAAAUCGGUGUCAAAUACUAGAAGCCAUAGAGGCGUCGGGAGGACUAAAAAUAGUACAGCCUCAGCAGCGUCAAUCUCAAAAAAAUAGCUUCAAGUUUAAAAAAUCAAGUGAUCAAUCGUCCUCAUUUAUCGUUACGGGAACUUUGAAAUGCUAUAACUGUGACGGCGCACAUACUAUUUAUAAAUGUCCAGCCCUAUUAGCGUUUUCAAUAUCCGAUCGCAUAAAACGAAUAAGUGAACUAAAGCUUUGUAAAAUCUGUCUUCGAAGUCACAUCGGGGAAAAAUGUACUUCGCGGCGAUGUGCCAAAUGCAUGAAAGCGCAUAACAGUUUGUUACAUCUACCCAAGUCUAAAUCGAGCAUGGCGGGCGGUUCCGAAAAUGCAACGGCAUCCCUAAUAACAAGCACUGCAGCGAACGAAUCAAAGGAGAAAAAUGUGUCCAAUCUCGAAUCUAUUAGUGCUCAUUCGUCCCAACAAAGCUCAAAUAAACAAAUGUUAUUAUCAACCGCGGUCGUAAUCAUGAGGAACGCGCGCGGGGAAUCGACAGCAUGUCGUGUAUUGCUAGACUCAGGAUCCCAAAGUAAUUUUAUGUCCGAAUCUAUAUCUCAAACGUUAAGAUUAAACAAAACACGCGUAUCAUGUACAAUAAUCGGUAUAAACGAAUCAGCCCAUAAUGCAUCGUAUAUGACAUCGGCUAAUAUCGAAUCGCGUGUGUCCAACUACAAGGUAAAUAUCGAUUUUUACAUAUUACCGCGCUUAACUGGAAAUAUUCCGCUAUCAAAAAUCGACGUAUCCAGAUUUCAAAUCCCGUCUGAAUUUAAAUUGGCUGAUCCGUCUUAUAGUGAGCCACAAAGAAUCGACGCUAUUUUAGGUUCGGAAGUAUUUUAUGGUUUAUUACCUGGGUCAACACAAGCUCGUGAAGAUAUCAAUAAAGCAUCAACCGUCGCGUUAUGCACAAGUUUAUCGAAGCUCGAAGAACAAGUUUCAAAAUUUUGGCACACAGAAGAAGUUGGUUCAAAAACAGCGUUCACAUUGGAAGAAAAGGCAUGCCGUGAACAUUUUGAAAAUACGGUACAGCGAGAUGAACAAGGCAGGUUUGUUGUUCAGCAACCAUUUCGAGACAAGAUGAAAAAAUUAGGUGAUUCGAAGCCAACAGCUACGCGACGUUUCCACGCUAUUGAGAAACGAUUAUUAUCCAGCCCUCGGCUCAAAAUCGAGUAUUCGAAAUUUAUGAAAGAAUAUGAAGAUUUGGAACAUAUGACUAGAGUUAAGCAAUGUUCAAACAUAAAAGAGAAUUAUUAUUUACCACAUCACGCAGUUUGGAGAGAGGACAGCGUAACUACUAAAUUAAGAGUGGUAUUCGAUGCAUCAUGCAAGACUACAUCGGGAGUCAGUUUAAAUGACGUCUUGCUAAAGGGUCCCUGCAUUCAAGAAGAUCUUAUAAAUUUAUUAACUCGUUUUCGUAAGCAUAGAUAUGCAAUGACCGCUGACAUCUCCAAGAUGUACCGCCGAAUAUGGGUCGCUCCAAAUCACAGAACCUAUCAACAAAUAGUUUGGAGACCGGAUCCCGAUCAAGAAUUGCAACAAUUCCAGUUAAAUACAAUAACGUAUGGCACAGUUCCUGCAUCGUUUCUUGCAACCGCGUGCCUACAUCGUUUGGCAGAUGAAGAAUCAAAUUCGUAUCCUGACGCUUGCAAUGCAAUUAAACAAGAUUUUUACAUGGACGAUAACCUUGGCGGUGCCGAUUCUCUGCAAGAGGCAAUAACAUUGCGUGACAAUAUCAUAGGAGUGUUACUAAAGGGUGGAUUCGAUCUUAGAAAAUGGACAGCCAGUGAUCCCGAACUUCUUACCGGUCUUGCAAAUAAAGAAAAUGAUCCGACAUUAAUCUUGGACUUAUCCGAAAAUUCAGCCAAAAUUUUAGGUCUUCGAUGGGAUCCGUCAGGUGACGUUUUCAAGUAUGAAGUGAAACUUUCGGAAAGAAAAACUAUCGUUACCAAACGUCAAAUACUAACGGAAAUAGCUACUAUAUUUGACCCGCUGGGUCUAAUUAGCCUUGUUGUUAUUAAAGCCAAAAUAAAAAUGCAACGUUUGUGGGCGAUGGGCAUCGGAUGGGAUGAAACAUUGCCAGAGGAGACAAUGUUAGAUUGGUACAAAUUUCGUGAAAGUCUAUUAUUAUUAAAUAAUUUAUCUAUACCAAGAUGUAUCGUAAUUAUUGGAGAAAUUAUAGAUGUCCAAAUACAUGGAUUUUCAGAUGCGUCGAUUGAAGCGUUUGGCGCUUGUUUGUAUCUUAUAACAACAAAUAAUCAAGGCAAGCGUUGCUCACGUCUAAUUUGUGCUAAAUCACGCGUAGCACCUCUAAAAUCGAUUUCGUUACCACGUCUAGAAUUAUGUGGAGCUGUCCUUUUGGCACGUUUAGCUGACAAAAUAAUUGCAAAAUUAAAAAUGAACAUCAGUCAAAGGACAUUCUGGACGGACUCUUCAAUAGUUCUUGCUUGGAUCUCUUCACCAUCGGCGCAGUGGAAGACAUUUGUCGCUCAUAGAGUUGGGGAAAUUCAAGAAAUAACAUCCAUAUUCGAAUGGGCGCACGUGGAUACCAAAGACAACCCGGCAGAUAUUAUUUCCCGUGGACGAGACCCUCAAAUGAUUUUAAAUGACAGUUUUUGGUGGGAAGGUCCUAAUUGGCUUCAAUGUAAUUCAUCCAAAUGGCCGCAUAUAAACAAAAAUCCAAUCAACUUCAGCACAGUCGAAGAACGCCGAACAAUUAGUUUGAUUACAUCUGAACAACCAAAAUUACCAUUUUUAUCACGCUAUUCAACUUGGAGUCGGCUUUUACGGGUAGUAUCUUUAUGUUUACGUUUUAUUUAUAACACUGCUCAUCCCGAUGACAAAAAAACGGGUCCUCUGCUGCCCUAUGAUUUGAAUAAUGCGAUCAAUCGCGUUAUUUGA